AUGAAUUGCGGUGGAAAAACUCUGUUCUACCCACUUCUCAUUACCCUCUCCGUCGCUCUCAUCACAUACAACCUCAUCAUCUCCUCCAACGCUCCUCUCAAACAAGGCUUCCCCUCCUCCUCCUCCUACAAUGACCCACUCAUCCAAUUGCCACGUGGCGGAUCCAGAAUCCGCAAUGAGAGGAAACCAAGACUUUUCCACACGGCAGUAACAGCCUCUGACUCCGUCUACAACACGUGGCAAUGCAGAGUCAUGUACUACUGGUUCAAAAAGGCUAAAUCCUCCUCUGGACCCGGAUCCGAAAUGGGUGGGUUUACCCGGAUCCUGCACAACGGUAAACCCGAUAAGUAUAUGGAUGAGAUUCCCACUUUCGUUGCUCAGCCUUUACCACCUGGGACGGAUCAGGGUUAUGUUGUACUAAACAGACCAUGGGCGUUUGUACAAUGGCUUCAACAAACUGAAAUUAAAGAAGAUUAUGUUCUGAUGUCUGAGCCUGAUCACAUCAUUGUGAAACCUAUACCGAACUUAGCUAAAGAUGGGUUUGGAGCUGCGUUUCCUUUCUUUUACAUUGAACCGAAGAAGUAUGAGAAGGUGUUGAGGAAGUAUUAUCCUGAAGAGAGAGGACCUGUUACCAACAUUGAUCCUAUAGGAAACUCUCCUGUUAUUGUCGGAAAGGAGGAUUUGAAGAAGAUUGCUCCAACUUGGAUGAAUGUUUCUUUGGCUAUGAAGAAGGAUCCUGAAGCUGAUAAGGCUUUUGGAUGGGUUCUUGAAAUGUAUGCUUAUGCUGUCUCAUCUGCAUUGCAUGGUGUUAGCAAUAAUUUACACAAAGAGUUCAUGAUUCAGCCUCCAUGGGAUAAAGAGGUUGGUGACAAGUACAUCAUACACUACACUUAUGGAUGUGAUUUUGAUAUGAAGGGUCAUUUAACCUAUGGAAAGGUUGGAGAAUGGAGAUUUGAUAAAAGAUCGUAUAUUAAGUCAGCGCCGCCAAAGAACCUUACAAUGCCACCACCAGGUGUUCCACAGAGUGUGGUAACAUUAGUGAGGAUGGUGAACGAAGCCACCGCAAACCUUCCAGACUGGGGAUUAUAGAGAGAUAUAGAAACAGUUUAUUUUUAAUCUUAUGUCUUAAGCUAUCUGUAUACGAUGUUGGUUUCGUUUGUAAAAUAUAUAGCUUUUCUAACAAAACCCGAUCUUACUAGAAUGAACUGAACUUGUUAAAGAUAUAAAUGAUGUAACUCUCAUCACAAGUAAACA